AUGACCUUUGAUUAUGAUGUUGACCAAGAUGGAAUGUUAUGCUUCAAGGGUCGAUAUUAUGUGCCUGAUAAUGCAGAGUUGAGGCAAGCUAUCCUCUGUGAGGCUCAUAGUAGUACAUAUGCUAUACACCCUGUUAAGACAGAGCAUCAACAUCCGUCAAGGUUGUUACAACCUAUCAAGAUUCCUGAGUUGAAAUGGGAGCGAAUUACCAUGAAUUUCAUUACUGGGUUGCCUAUGAAUCCUUCGAAAAAGGAUUCAGUUGUAUAUCUUAGAGAUCGUCAGAUUGCAUGGAUCUCGUUAUCUAUCAUUUCUGAUCGAGAUCUGAGAUUUACUUCGAUAUUCUGGAAGGCACUGCAUAUGGGUCUGAGUACAAGAUUGGAUUUUAGUACAGCAUUCCACCUGCAGACUGAUGGUCAAUUAGAGAGUGUGAUUCAUGUUCUAGAGGAUAUGUUGUGGGGCUACGUGAUUGAUUUCAUGACUGAAUUACAUGAUAAACGAACUUUGGGUCCUGCGUUAGGACACGAGACGGAGGACACAGUCAGAUUGAUCCAUGAUCGCCUGAAUGAGGCAUUUGACAAACAGAAGUCUUAUGCUGAUCAGAGAAGGAAAUAUAUCCAGUUUGAGGUUGGAGAUCAGCUUGAGUUGCCUCUCCAGCUUAGUCGUAUUCAUGAUGUCUUUCACGUGUCAAUGUUGAGGUUAUAUCGUCCGGACCCACUCACAUCAUUCGGUGGUAGGAUGUUGAGUUGA